AUGCGAUUCCGUAGCAUGGCUAGGCAUCUAAGCGAGAGCUUUAGCUCGUCGUCACAGCCAUACCUGUCCUACCAUGACAUUCUUCUCACCACCGAGGAUAUCCGAGCGCUCAAGGGCGACUGGCUAACGGACAACAACAUUGCUUUCUGGGAGGAAUGGCUUGAGCGUGAGGUUUUGCCUAACUAUCCCAAGGCCCGCGUCGUCCUCCUCCGGCCCAGCAUAACGUUCCUCUUGAUGCAAACGAUCGAUAUCAAGGGGAUAAGCAGUGCCCUUCCUGACUUCCGCAACGUCACCCACAUCUUCCUCCCAAUCAACGACAGCCGCGACCGUGAGCGCGCCGACGGUGGUAGCCAUUGGUCGCUUCUGCUCGUGUCUGUCAUCGAUCGGGUCGCCUUUCAUUACGACUCGCUCGGCGGCGCCAACUUCUAUGAGGCACAACGGUGUACUGAUCGGUUAGGUCGCGUCCUGGGCAUCCCACUUCGAUUCCAUCAGCUCGAGGAUUGCCCACAACAGCCCAACAGCAGCGACUGUGGCGUGUUUGUGUGCAUCUUGAUGCGUCACUUGCUUAUUAAGCGCCUGCUCGUGGCUGGCUCCAAUGAGAAGGUCUCGAUGUCUAUGGCUGGAAAGAUGAUUGACAGCCAUGGCGGCCGCAAAGAGAUGCUGCGCAUCAUAGAAUCGCUGCGUAAGGAGGGCGAGCGCAGGAGAAGUGCCAGCCCGUAUGCGAAGCCGAAUACCCCACCGCGGAUUGAGUAA